CUGCUUGUCUGUCGCAUUUGUGUAUUGUGUCAGUCAGCUUGUGCCGCCCCCCAGCAAGCUAUCAUCACCGCCCCGCUUUCUAAGCUGACACCUGAACCCACACCUUUGAGCACUGUUUGCUCUUGGUUGCAUUUAUUGCAGGACCUGAAACUCUCUUCGUUCUAUAUAUCCGACUCAUCUUUCCCUACACAUCUUUCCACACCUCCAAGAUGCCACCCGCAAACUACUUCGACGACUAUUCAGAGGAUGAGUGGUAUCACCGACAGGAUGUGUACGGCGGCGCUCGACAUGUCCCCAAACCGCGUGAGCAUUUUGGCCGCCACACCACCGAGUACCUGAAUCCCGAAGUUCACUAUACAAGCGGCCUUCACCGAACCAAGUCCCAGGGUCACGGGGUCACUCCCAAUGUGACUAUCUAUAACACAACUCGCAUGGAGAACGAGAGCAGCCCCAAUGUGCGCACCACUACCGAUCAGCGAAGCCGUGAGCCCAGCGCUGAUGGCCGCGGCCGCACUCGAAGGAUGCCCGGCGAAUGGUCACUGGAAGAUGACAUAGAAGAACUGCGACUGCAGGUCACCAGGGAGCGGUUGGCGCGAUCCCGUUCUCGAGGCGAGUACCAUCAUCACCAUGGCCACUCACCUGACCGUGCUUAUGAAGAUAAGCUCAAGCUGUCACUGGCCGAGCAGCGGCUGAGAGAGGCAGAGGCGAAGAUUGAGGCAGAUAGGCGAGAGGAGGAGGCGGAGAGGCGGGAGGAGAUUACAAGAAGAAAGAUUGAAUUGAAGCACAUCAAGGAUCGUCAAGAGCGUGAAGAUGAAGAGGACCGCAUCAAGCGCGCUGAAGAGAGGCUCCGUAUAGACUGGGAUCUCAAGCGCGAGAGGGAGGAGCGAGCACGUGAGCUUAAAUUGCGGGACGAGGAGGAAAAGAGAGAGCGUAUCCUCGCAGACGGCAAAGCGAAAGCAGAAGCAGAUCAGCGUAAGAGGAAAGAAGAACGCGAACGGAUCCUAGCCGAGGCCGAAAGGGACCAGAGGGAGGCAAGUGAGAAGCGUAAACGCCUUGUCGAGGAGGAAAAAGCAAAGUUCGAGAAGGAGGCUCGCAAACGCGAAGACGAAGCCAAAGCCAGAGAAGAAGAGGCAAAGAGAAUUGUUGCAGAAGCUCAAGCCAAGCGUGAGAAGCAAGAGAAGGAGGCAAAGGCGGCUCAACAGGCGGCAGUAGAUGCGUAUAACAAGAAGAAGGCUGAGGACGAGGCGAAAGCUAAUGCUGAGCGCGAGCGCAUUGUCUACGAAUACGAGCGCAAGAAAGUUCUUGACGCAGAGAAAGAAAAGAAGCAGCGCGAGGAGUUACUUCUCAAGAUCGAGCUCGAAAAGAAGGCGCGAGAACAGAAGGAUAAAGAAGAAUACGAAGCGUUCAUGCGCAAGCAGGCAGAGAAGCAAGCUGCGGAGAAGGCGAAACGCGAUAAGGAAGAGGCAGAACUCGAGGCUGCCAUGCGCAAACGCCUGGCUCAGUUUGGGUUCCAAGAAAACCAGAUCCAGGCCAUGGUACACCCCGAGCAGCAGAAGAAGCUGGAGCAGCAGGUGGGACUGACACCGCAUAACCCACUGCGUAUUGCGCCUCAGCCCACGUACGCAAAGAUCAAGAGGGAGUAUCUCGACAUCGAGACGCUACAUUACUAUGACAUCCCCUACGAGUACGAUGCUGAUCCCAACUAUGUCAUCGUCCUCCGAGAGAUGAGCCAGAAGGAGACUGACAUCCUCUUCGAGCACACACGACGACUUCGCUCGAACCACGGAGACCGCUUAUUCAUCGAGGCGGACGGCCGCGAUCGCCGUGGCAAGAAGGAGUAUGCAUUUGUGCGCAGAAAGUCUAGAUCAAGGUCCCGCAGCGACGUCUCCCGCCCGGCAAGGAACGUAACGAUCGGUGACAUGUUCUUCAGAUAGAGAUGCAUCACGAUGAGGGCUUGACGUUUGCGUUGGAGCAUUGUUUUCUUGCUAUUGCUAUUUCCUAUCGCGUAUACCAUUCUCCACACCUUCGACUCGUGUCAGUUCGAAACCAGGUUCUAUAUUUCUUUCACUAUAUACACUGAUAGCGUUGGGCUCCAGUGCAGCUGAGUUCCUCACAAUAUACAGGUAUUGUAUGCAACUACUCCAAGCA